UUACUGGAACUAAAGGACUGUUGGAAAUGUUGGGUCUUCAGGAAGACACACUCUGUGGAUUUGUUUCUGCUUUGGCAGCUUUGUGUUGUGUCUGCUGUGCUAGUCAAAGCUCCUCCAAUGGGAACAUAUCUGUGGUGAAAAACACGGUGGACAAGCUGCUGGAGGGAUAUGACAUCCGCCUGCGACCAGAUUUUGGAAGUGCUCCUGUAACUGUGGGAAUGAGCAUUAACAUCGCCAGCAUUGAUGCGAUAUCGGAAGUUAACAUGGAUUACACGAUUACAAUGUAUUUCCAACAGAGCUGGAGAGACAAGCGCUUAGCAUACACGGCACUGUCCCUCAACCUCACCCUGGACAACCGUGUGGCUGAUCAGCUGUGGCUCCCAGACACCUACUUUCUAAAUGACAAAAAAUCCUUCCUCCACGGAGUGACAGUGAAGAACCGCAUGAUCCGGCUCCACCCAGAUGGAACUGUCCUGUAUGGUUUGAGAAUAACUACAACAGCUGCCUGCAUGAUGGAUCUGCGGAGAUACCCCCUGGAUCAGCAGAACUGCACCCUUGAAAUAGAGAGCUAUGGUUACACGACGGAUGACAUUGUGUUCUUCUGGCAAGGGGGGGACAGUGCUGUGACUGGGGUGGACCGGCUGGAGCUGCCUCAGUUUUCAAUCAAGGAGCUAAGGCUGGUCUCCAAGGAAGUGGUUUUUGCCACAGGUUCCUAUCCAAGGUUGUCUCUUAGUUUCAGGAUAAAGAGGAAUAUCGGUUACUUCAUUCUGCAGACAUAUAUGCCUUCUAUCCUCAUUACUAUCCUGUCUUGGGUUUCCUUUUGGAUAAACUACGAUGCCUCUGCUGCGCGAGUGGCCCUGGGUGUUACCACGGUGCUUACCAUGACAACCAUCAACACCCACCUCCGGGAGACUCUCCCGAAGAUCCCCUACGUGAAAGCCAUCGAUGUCUACCUCAUGGGCUGCUUCGUGUUCGUAUUCCUGGCCCUGCUCGAAUAUGCCUUUGUCAACUACGUUUUCUUUGGCCGGGGCCCCCAGCAGCAGAAGAAACUAAACGAGAAGCUGAAUAAGGCAAACAACGAGCGCCCUCGCUAUGAAGAGAAGCGUCUGCGAGAGCAGGAAUCCAUUUCAGCGCAGUAUCAAACCAACACCAUCAGGCCAUAUUCACAGCGAAGGAAUCUGUAUCUCGAAGAACAAAGAAAAGUUGGGGUUGACCCUUACGGAAACAUUCUUCUUACUACACUGGAAGUGAACAAUGAGGUGCUGCCCUCCGAUGUGGCCAGCAGUGUGAGUGACUCCAGGAAUUCGGUCAUGUCCGUGGACAGCUCCGGGGUCCAGUUCAGGAAGCAGCUGGCCGCUCGGGAUGGAUUUGGACAGGCCACUCUCGAUCGCAGCGCUUCCCGCACUCGUGCCAACUGCCGUCUGCGAAGGCGUUCGUCGAAGCUGAAGUUAAAAAUCCCUGACCUGGCUGACGUCAGCACCAUUGACAAGUGGUCAAGGAUCAUAUUUCCUAUUAUGUUUGGAUUUUUCAAUUUAGUCUAUUGGUUAUACUAUGUGAAUUGAUGUGCCUCCCCCAGGAAGCUAGGGCCAUACUUUGAGAGCAUAUAAAUCUGGCUUUGAGACUACUGAACAUAUUUAAUAAGAAAACAACAAAAUGUAAAAGACCUCACCAAUGUAAAAAA